AUGAAAAGUGUUGUCGUGAUAAUUUACCUCAUUUUAAUAAAUCUCUGUUUUGGUUUUAAAAAGUUAACACCUCACCAGGCACUAAAUAUUGUAUCCAAAAGGGGGAACUCAAAUUGUAGAUCUUCGCAAAAAUUGUUUGAAUCCAAGAGCAUAGAUUUGGCAAAUGACAUUAAGGAAAAUGACUUAAUACCGAAUGUCAAAGUUAUGGUUGACGUGAAAAAUUUAAGCGGUACGCCCCAAGAAGGAACAGACAACGACUUUAAAUCCAUUGACACCCAUGAACUAUUCAAGAAUAAGAAAAUAUUGUUGAUAAGUUUACCAGGAGCCUUUACCCCUACAUGCACGUCCAAAAUGAUACCACAAUAUGAAAGUGAAUAUGAUUAUUUCAUUAAGGAAAAUAAAUUUGAUGAUAUAUACUGUAUUACUAACAAUGACAUAUUUGUAUUAAAAAGUUGGUUUAAAGAUAUGAAUAUAAAAAAGAUAAAAUAUGUUAGUGAUGGAAAUAGUUCAUUUACUGAAAGUAUGAAUAUGCUUGUAGACAAGUCUAACUUUUUUAUGGGCAUGCGGCCUUGGAGGUUUGUUGCUAUAAUUGAAAAUAACAUAUUAAUAAAAAUGUUUCAAGAAGAAGACAAGCAGCAUAAUAUGCAAUCAGAUCCGUACAAUGUUUCAUCAGUUGCUACUGUUAAGAAAUUCUUAAGCCAAAAUCAGCUCUGA